AUGAAGGCUCAGCCCCGCAGUCUGAGAGUGCGUCUCCCGGCCCUCCUCCUGAGCCUGGAGGUCCUGUUCCUGGCGCUGUACGUCUGCUUCGUCGCCUACGACGACGACCUGGACGGCCGGCUGCAGCACAACCGCACCGUGCCCGCGCAGAACUCGCUGUACCUCAACUACCUGUUCUUCACCGACGUGCAGGUGAUGAUCUUCGUGGGCUUCGGCUGCCUGCUGUCCUUCCUGCGGCUGUACGGCUUCUCCGGCCUGGCCUUCAACUUCCUGACCGCCACCGUGUCCAUCCAGUGGGCGGUGCUGGUGCAGGGCUACUUCCAGUUCUGCCGCGGCGGGAAGAUCCGGCUGAGCGUGGUCAACCUGCUGAACGCGGAGUUCGCCUGCGCGGUGGUGCUGAUCUCGUUCGGCGCGGUGCUGGGCAAGACCAGCCCGGUGCAGCUGCUGGUGAUGGCCCUGCUGGAGGUGCCGGCGUUCGCCGUCACGGAGUGGGCCGUUCUGAGCUACCUGCGCAUCAACGACGCCGGCGGCUCCAUCCUCAUCCACCUGUUCGCCUGCUACUUCGGGCUGGGCGCCACCUUCGCCCUGUACCGCCCGGGGCUCCGCGACGGGCACGCCAAGGAGAGCAGCAACUACCAGUCGGACGUGCUGUCCAUGCUGGGCACGCUGUUCCUCUGGGUGUUCUGGCCCUCGUUCAACGGGGCGCUGGCGCUGAGAGGGGACGACCAGCACCGCGCCGUUCUGCACACCUUCCUGGGGCUGAGCGCCUCCACGCUGACGGCCUUCGCCCUGUCGGCCGCGUUCGAGCGCCGGGGCCGCCUGUCCAUGGCCGACCUGCAGAACGUCACGCUGGCGGGCGGGGUGACGGUGGGCGCGUCGGUGGACAUGAUGAUCUCGCCGGCGGCCGCCUUCGCCCUGGGCGCGGCGGGCGGCGUGGCCUGCAUGCUGGGGUACCGCCACCUCACGCCCUACCUGGCGCGGCGCUUCAGGAUCCAGGACCAGUGCGGCAUCCACAACCUGCACGGGCUGACGGGGCUCAUCGCUAGCCUGGCGGGGAUCUGCGCCAUCCUGGGCGCCAGCGAGGACACGUACGGCCCCAGCCUGUACCAGACCUUCUCGCACCGCGCCCCGCCCGAGGGCCACGCCCUGGCCGAGCUGCGCCGGGCCGUACCGGACCUCCAGGCCGGGCUGGGCCGCAGCGCCCGGGAGCAGGCCCUCUGGCAGGCGGCCGCCAUCGGCGUCGCCGUGGCGACGGCCUCGGUGGGCGGCGUCCUGACCGGCCUGGUGAUGAGGCUGCCCUUCCUGGCCCCGCCCCCCGACGAGGGCUGCUACGACGACGAGAUGUAUUUCCUGGUGCCGUCGGACUACGGCGGGGACGGGGGGAGCCGAUUGGCCGUCGGCGAGCGGGACGACUCCAAGGCCUGA